AUGACGCUUGAAGACCCAUUCUUUGUCGUCAAAGAGAGCCUGCAGAUUGAUACAGCCUCAUCAGUAAUCAUCCUGAGCUACAUCGAGGUAUGUAAAGCUCUAAACAAAACUCGUGGUUUGUAUGGUCGCUGGACCGACUCUCAGUCAAAUGUCACCGUCGUAACACCAAAUGGAGUAGGCCCUGGAGGACUUCCGGUUUCUAAAGAAGAAUUGGAGUGGACGACCACAGAGUUAAGAAACGCUUUGAGAUCAUGAAAGAUAAAAUGAAUCUCAGCCGUGGAAGAGAUCGUGACAGAACUGCGAGACAGCCGCUGCUGGACAAUAGUCCAGCUCGCGCUCCAGUUAAUCAUGGAACUACAAAAUAUAGUAAAUUAGAAAAUGAACUUGAUAGUCCUAGUCGACAAUUCCUGGAAGAUACUCUACAGCAGCAAGGGCAAAUGAUUAGACAACAAGAUGGUCAAUUAGAUUUGAUCGGUGAAAGUAUUGGAACUUUGAAAACUGUAUCAAGACAAAUUAAUUCUGAAUUAGAUGAACAAGCUGUUAUGCUAGAUGAUUUUGGUAAUGAAAUGGAAGUGACAGACUCCAAAUUGGAUGCUACAAUGAAAAAAAUGGCCAAGGUUCUUCACAUGAGUAAUGGUAACUAUAGUAAUUACAUUCCUGCUCCUACAACUGCAUCAAUAUCUCCUAAAACAACAUCCUUAUCCACGUUUUCUACUACAAUAACGAUCGGAGACAAUGGGUCGCAAUUGGAGUAUUGACUGCUAUUUUGGUGUUACUGAUUAUUUUAUUUAUAAUCAAGUGA